AUGGACAACGCCUAUGUGCGCUCGCCGCAGGAGGUGCUGAAGCACUUCAACGUGUCAGAGCAGCAAGGUCUCUCAGAGAGCGCUGUUGGAGCUUCGAGACAGAAACAUGGCCGAAAUGCCAUCCCAGAAGACCCCGCGACGCCGCUCUGGGAGCUCGUCUUGGAGCAGUUCAAGGACCAGCUCGUCAUCAUCCUACUCGGCUCCGCCGCGAUAUCCUUCGUCCUCGCGCUUUUCGAUGAGGAGGAAGGCUGGACCGCAUUCGUUGACCCCGUCGUCAUCCUCACCAUCCUCAUCUUGAACGCGAUCGUCGGUGUCAGUCAAGAGAGCUCCGCGGAGAAGGCGAUUGCGGCGUUGCAAGAGUACAGCGCGAAUAGUGCAAAGGUCAUUCGAGAUGGCAAGAUCAAGUCGGUCAAGGCAGAUGAGCUGGUUCCGGGAGAUAUCGUGGAUGUUGCAGUCGGCAACCAGAUUCCGGCAGACUGCAGAGUGUUGAGUAUCAACAGCAACAGCUUCCGCGUGGACCAGAGUAUCUUGACUGGAGAGAGCGAGAGCGUGGGCAAGGACACGGAUGCGAUCAAGGAUGCGCAAGCUGUCAAGCAAGAUCAGGUCAACAUGCUGUUCUCGGGCACAACCGUGGUUACUGGACAUGCGCAUGCGGUUGUCGUCCUUACUGGAACGAAUACCGCCAUCGGUGACAUCCACGAGAGCAUCACCUCGCAGAUCUCGCAGCCAACACCGCUCAAGGAGAAGCUUAACGACUUUGGUGACACACUUGCGAAGGUCAUUUCUGGUAUUUGCGUUCUGGUCUGGUUGAUUAACAUUCGUCACUUCAACGAUCCAUCGUUCGGCGGUUCCUGGACUAAGGGCGCCAUCUACUACCUGAAGAUUGCUGUGUCUCUCGGUGUUGCUGCGAUCCCAGAAGGUCUGGCUGUUGUAAUCACCACAUGUCUUGCGCUAGGAACAAGGACCAUGGCGAAGAAGAACGCAAUUGUACGCAGCUUGCCAUCUGUGGAGACUCUUGGAAGCUGCAGUGUCAUCUGUUCCGACAAGACUGGAACCCUCACCACCAACCAGAUGAGCGUCAACAGGAUAGUCUACGUCAACGAGUCACAAUCCGGUCUGGAUGAGUUGGAAGUCGAGGGCACAAGCUUUGCCCCAGAAGGCGUUGUCAGGCGCGGCGAAAAGGUCAUCGAGUCCCCAGCAGCAGCAUCCAAGACGAUCGCUCAGAUGAUCGAGGUCGCAGCGGUCUGCAACGAUGCUGAGCUGGCAUAUGACAGCGAGAAGGGUCUCUUCACCAACGUCGGCGAGCCUACUGAAGGUGCCCUACGAACUCUGGCCGAAAAGGUCGGCACUCCCGAUCAAUCUUACAACACCCAGAAGCGAAGCCUGCAGCCAGACCAACAACGCCACCUCGCAAGCAAGUACUACGAAGACAAGGCCCACAAGCUACGAACAUAUGAGUUCUCGCGAGACCGAAAGAGCAUGUCUGUGCUCGUCAACAGUGGUAGCACCCAGCGACUAUUGGUGAAGGGCGCCCCAGAAUCGAUUCUCGAACGAUGCACACACUGUCUUGUCGGCAGCGAUGGCAAGCAAGUCCAGCUCAACAGCAAGCUUGCAUCUGUCCUGCAGAAGGAGGUUGUGGACUUUGGUAACAAGGGACUCCGGGUUAUUGCCCUGGCCAGUGUCAACAAUGUCACUUCACCACUCACCAAGACCGCAAAGACGUCACAGGAGUACAACCAGCUGGAGCAAGGCAUGACACUAUUGGGUCUUGUUGGCAUGCUUGACCCACCUCGACCUGAGGUUGCAGAUAGCAUUACGAAAUGCCGCUCGGCAGGCAUCCGCGUUGUUGUCAUCACUGGUGACAACCAGAACACUGCCGAGACGAUCUGCAGACAGAUUGGUGUAUUUGGACCCAACGAGGACCUCACAGGCAAGAGCUACACUGGACGACAAUUCGAUGAGCUCAGCGAGAGCGAGAAGCUAAAAGCCGCCAAGACUGCAUCUCUGUUUUCACGUACUGAACCAGGCCACAAGUCAAAGCUUGUCGAUCUCCUUCAACAAUCUGGCGAGGUCGUAGCCAUGACCGGAGACGGUGUCAACGAUGCCCCCGCACUGAAGAAGAGUGACAUUGGUGUCGCCAUGGGCACUGGUACUGAUGUCGCCAAGCUGGCCGCCGACAUGGUCCUCGCCGACGACAACUUCGCGACAAUAGAGCUGGCCGUCGAGGAAGGUCGCAGCAUCUACAACAACACCCAGCAAUUCAUCCGCUACCUGAUCUCAUCCAACAUUGGAGAGGUCGUCUCCAUCUUCUUGACCGCCGCACUUGGCAUGCCCGAGGCUUUGAUUCCAGUCCAGCUCCUUUGGGUUAACCUGGUCACCGAUGGUCUUCCAGCAACAGCACUCAGCUUCAACCCCAAGGACCACGAUGUGAUGAACCGACCACCAAGGAAGCGUGACGAGCCACUUAUCGGCGCUUGGCUGUUCUUCCGUUACAUGGUGAUAGGAACUUACGUAGGCCUGGCCACAGUCGGAGGAUACGCUUGGUGGUUCAUGUUUUACGAGGGUGGUCCACAGAUCAGCUUCUACCAACUCACCCACUUCCACAGCUGCAAAUCCACCUUCCCCCAACUCGGCUGCGAAAUGUUCUCCAACGACGCCUCCCGCAUAGCCUCAACAAUCUCCCUCUCCAUCCUGGUCGUCAUCGAAAUGCUCAACGCCAUGAACGCCCUUUCCUCCUCCGAAUCGCUCGUCACCCUGCCACUCUGGAAGAACAUGAUCCUGGUCUACGCCAUCACCCUGUCCAUGGUCCUCCACUUUGGUCUUCUGUACACGCCGUUUUUGCAAGGCAUUUUUGGCAUUGUUCCCAUCGGUUGGGAUGAGUGGAAGAUCGUGUUGGCUUGGAGUGCACCUAUCAUCCUCAUCGAUGAAGGUCUCAAGUUCAUGGAGAGGAGCUUCUUCAUGGAGACUACGGAGGCGGCUGCGACUGCCGGUAAGAGGAAGAAGAUUGACUAG